AUGGAAGAUGUGAUAGUGGAAGCCCUUCUAUCUAAUGAACGGGAAGCUCAGAUUUUAGCUGCCAGAGAACUUGGUAAACUUGCAACCAAACUAAGACAGAAGUUAGCAGAAAGAGGGAUCAUUUCUCGGCUCGUUACGAUGCUUCGUAAGCAAGUUUAUGAAGCCGCUGAAGCGGCACUCUGCUCUGCUUUAAACAAGAUCCGAAUUGCAAAUUCUGGUGCCAUACCAGUAUUGCUGGAGAUCAUUCAAUGCCAAAAAGAGUCAUUGAUUGACCUUGCAGCAGCAGCCCUCUUGGUUCUUUCUUCUUGCUCUGCUAACAAGUUAGCAAUCGCAGCAUCUGGGGCUGUCCGAAUCCUGGUUGGAUCUCUGAAUUCCCAAUUGGCAGAAGAACGCGGUUUCCAGAAUCUAAGCGUGCAGGCUAAGCUCGAUAUCAUAUCCAUAUUUCACAAUCUCUCCACCCAUCCUCAGAUAAUCCCAUCUAUUGUUUUGGGGUGGGGGAGGAGGCGGUGGUUGGGGAAGUGA